AUGAAUGUCCCAGUGGACGCGCCGGCCCCUGGCCAGCGCAAACUGGUGCUAUGCUUUGACGGGACUGGGAACAAGUUCCACGGCGAUGACAGCGACAGCAACAUCUUGAAGAUCUUUCGCAUGCUGGAUCGCAGCUCGCAGAAUCAGUAUCACUAUUACCAGCCUGGCAUCGGGACGUAUGUCACGUCCGACUCGCUGUCACAGUCUGGCACCUGGGGGAAGAUCUCCGAACAGUUUCAAAAAGCCAAGGACUCAGCCAUUGGGACGAGUUUUGAUCAGCAUGUCGUGGCCGGAUAUCGGUUCUUGAUGCGCUACUAUAAGAAUGGCGAUCAAAUCUACAUGUUCGGCUUCAGCCGCGGCGCCUACAUCGCCCGAUUCCUGGCGGAGAUGCUCGACUACAUCGGUCUGCUGUCCCACGGCAACGAAGAGAUGAUUAAGUUCGCUUGGCGCGCCUUUUCGCAGUGGCAGUGCCGUCGCAAGUCCCGCAGCACAAACGACGCCGACGAGGACGACGGCUCCGACAUCAGCGAGGGCGAGACCAAGACGGACAAGAUGUACAAGUUUAUGAAGGACUUUCGAGAGACCUUCUCUCGGCCGGUCGGCCGCAUCCGCUUCCUCGGGCUGUUUGACACAGUCAACUCUGUGUCCCGCUUCGAGAGCGCCUGGAUGCAGCGCGCCAAGUUCCCCUACACGGCGCGCACCAGCGCCGAGGUCAUCCGCCACGCCGUGAGCAUCGACGAGCGCCGCGCCAAGUUCCGCCAGGACCUGCUGUACCAGAAGACACACGACGACAGGCAACCGCACCACCUCCACCUCAGCCAGCUCCUGGAGCCCGUCCGAAGGAGCUUCGAGCACUACGUUGGCGGCGGCGACACCUCCCGCGCCGACGACGAGAGCGUGGCCGCGGCCAACCUCGAGCCUCCUCCCUCCUCCGAGCGCGAGGGUGGGCACCUCCUAUCCCCAGCCGACGCCACCGGCGUUCCUCCAAAACGUACCAAGUCGCGCAACAACCGGCACCUGCCCUACCGUAUGGCACCGCGGACGCACUCGUUCAAGACCCGGCGCCGCAACGGCAACACCGCCAGCGCCGCCCCCCUUGCGCAGGGCAAGCGCGACAAGCCCGACUACGAGGAGGACUUUGGCCAGGACAUUGACGAGGUGUGGUUCGCGGGUGGCCACGGCGACGUCGGCGGCGGUUGGCCCAUCGUGGACGAUGACCGCCGCAGCGCCAGCCACGUGCCGCUGACCUGGAUCGUGCGCGAGGCCAUGGCCGCCGGUCUCGAGUUCGACAUGCAGCGCAUGCAGGCCAUGGGCUGCGCCGAGGAGCAGGUUCACGUCACCGUGCGGCCGCCGCCGCCGGAGAGCAUGGAGGGCAUGACCCAGGUGGAGGAGGAUGAGGGCGUCACUCAACUGGAGGACUGCGGCGGUCCGGAGACGCAGUCGAAGUUCCGGUCGCGCCACUCGCCCGUCUUCACGGAGGCGCUGCACCGCUCGCACACGUCGCGCCUGCACGACUCGCUCGACUACGGCGGCGGCCUCGGGUUUGUGGCCGUGACGGCGUGGCGCGCGAUGGAGUGGCUGCCGUUCCGCAGGAUGGACCUGCAGAGCGACGGGUCGUGGCGGCCGAUCCGGUGGCCGCUGCCACGCGGCGAGGUGCGCGACGUGCCGCCGGGAGUGCGCGUGCACGGGAGCGUGCUGCGGAGGAUGCAGGCGGACGAGGGGUACCGCCCGGGGAACCUGAUCGUCGGCGGCGGCGGCCGUGGCGUGCGCAUAGCGCCCAAGGAGCUCGGCAUCGGCGAGUGGCAGUGUGUGGCCGAGCCGGGCGACCCGAUCGGCGAGAUCUGGACGCGCAAGGAGACGCGCUGA